AUGAAGCCGUCCAUACUCAAUUUCUUCGCCGUGACUUCAGUCUUGGCAGGCCUUGGUAACGCUGUCGAUGUGAAAUGGGAUGAUGAGAAGUCAAUCAAACAAGCGGCGAGUACUGUCGCUCACGGCUUGGUAAAAUACUAUACUGGAAACAAUACCGGCGACGUACCAGGAAAUUUACCAGAUCCUUAUUACUGGUGGAUAGCAGGAGGAAUGUUUGGCACAUUGAUCGACUACUGGUGGCUCACAGGCGAUGAAACUUACAACGAUAUCACCAAACAAGCUAUGAUACAUCAAGUUGGUACUGAGAAUGACUACAUGCCUGAUAAUCAGACUAUGACGGAAGGAAACGACGAUCAAGGCUUCUGGGCCGUCGCGGCUAUGUCAGCCGCCGAGCACAAGUUUCCCGAUCCUCCAGAGGAUAAGCCACAGUGGCUUGCACUGGUUCAAGCUGUUUUCAACGAAUACGUCAGCCGUUGGGACACAGAACAUUGCGGCGGUGGUCUUCGUUGGCAAAUCUUUACUUGGAAUGUGGGAUACGACUACAAGAAUUCGAUUUCCAACGGCUGCUUCUUUAAUAUCGCUGCGCGCCUCGCCCGCUAUACCGGAAACAGUACAUAUGCAGACUGGGCUGAGAAGGUCUAUAACUGGGAGGAAAAGAUGGGACUCAUCACAAAAGAUUACCAGAUUCUGGAUGGACUUCAUUUCGCCGGCCGAUGCCCCAGCUCCAUGGACACCAACCAAUGGUCGUACAAUACCGGCAUUUACCUCUAUGGAGCUGCGGCCAUGUACAACUUGACCGGGAAGGCCAAGUGGAAAACUGCUGUCGACGGAGUACUGAAGGAUAUUGAGGUGAAAUUUACCAAGAACGGUGUUCUUUACGAACAAUUCUGCGAAGAACACAAGCUGUGCAACUUGGAUCAACAGACUUUCAAAGGGUAUCUUACCCGAUGGAUGGCUACCACUUCACUCAUCGCACCCCACACCUCCGAACGCAUCAUGAAAAUCCUACGAGCAUCUGCGCAAAAAGCCGCUGCUGUCUGCACAGGAGCCCCUGCAGAGGGCUUCAAAGGUACAGCGGGUACAGCUUGUGGCUUUACGUGGUUGUCCGACAAGUUCGAUGGGAUUGUUGGUGUCGGGCCACAGAUGAGUGCGUUACAGGCCAUCCAGUAUACUCUCGUGCCGAAAGCCAAACCGCCUGUAACGACAAAGACUGGCGGAACGUCAAAAGGAAACCCGAAUGCAGGCAACACCGGCCUGGAUGUCAGCAAUGAUAAACCUGAAUACAAGACGAUUACAGCGAUGGAUAAGAUACUAGCUGUGGUCAUAACAGGCCUAAUGGCAGCGGGCAUCAUUGGAGGUGUUGCGUUUACUGUGAUUUAG